UGAAAGAGGCAUCCAUUAUAAUACGGCAAAAUUAAAUACAUCACCCCUAGAUCACUUCCAAAUUGACAACUCCUUUUGUGGGUCUCUAUUAUUAACUCCUAUAUCAUGUCUCGAACACACAGUGCUUCUUCUCGUGCAUUUCUCACUUUAAAGCUCCAUUCUCUUUUCUUCAUUUGCAUGUGAUUUAUUUUCCUUUCCCUCUUUAAUUUCUCUUCUCCGUAACAAAUCCAUUUACCUCUUUUUUCUCACUCAUUACCCUUUUUGUUUCUAGCUUAUCCCGUCUCACUAGUCGGCCGUGCCCUCCCAAUUAUUUUGAGGUCAUAUUUAGUAUUUAGAGUUUAUCUUGAUUUGGUACUACUUUCGUGCACGUCCCUUUUUCCUCCUCCUCCUCAUCUCCAUUCAAAGCCUCGAACAGUUUGAUAGUUUUUUUAGCUUUAAGAUAAGAGUUAAAAAUGUUGCCUCAUGAUCAAGAGAAUAGUAGCAUCAAUGGUGGUUCGAGUAACGUUCUUGUACUUACCCGAAUGGAGAGCAUUUCACUUCAAAUCGAACCAACUGGUCCAACAUGUAAUGUUAGUCCUCGUGUGAACGAUGAAAUCACAGAUCAUCAACAAUCACACCAUGCCAAAUUAUCAGUUCUUCGUGAAUCUUUACGCCCCGUGACACUUAAGUUUGAAGAUGUUUCAUACACUAUCAAAUUGGAAAGCGACAAUAAAGGAGGGUGUUUUUCUUCACAUCAACAAAAACAAACUCGCAUGUUACUCCAAGGUGUCACAGGAACAGUUAAACCUGGUGAACUUUUAGCCAUGUUAGGUCCCUCAGGAAGUGGCAAAACAACUCUCCUAACAGCCUUAGCCGGUAGAUUACCCGGGAAAUUCUCGGGUACCAUAACGUACAACGGACAACAAUUUUCGAGCUCAAUGAAACGAAAAAUUGGUUUCGUUACACAAGAUGAUGUGCUAUAUCCUCAUUUAACAGUCCUCGAGACGCUAACAUAUGCUGCUUUAUUAAGGUUGCCUAAUAAGCUAACAAAUCAAGAAAAAAUCGAGCAAGCCGAGUUGGUUAUUAUGGAAUUAGGAUUAACAAGAUGUAAAAACAGUAUGAUUGGCGGACAACUAUUUAGGGGUAUUUCGGGUGGAGAAAGAAAACGAGUCAGUAUUGGACAAGAAAUGUUAGUGAACCCUAGUUUAUUAUUGCUUGAUGAGCCCACUUCUGGUCUCGACUCAACCACGGCUCAACGUAUCGUGGCAACGUUACGUUGGUUGGCUCGUGGUGGUCGGACAGUGAUCACCACCAUACAUCAACCUUCGAGUAGGUUGUUCUGGAUGUUCGAUAAGAUUAUUGUGUUAACCGAAGGUUGUCCGAUUUAUAGUGGGAAAAGUAGCCUUGUUAUGGAGUAUUUUGCAGCGAAUGGUUAUGCUCCUGGAUUCAAUUUCAUGAACCCUGCUGAUUUUCUGCUUGAUCUUGCUAAUGGUAUUACACCUGAUACAAGGCACGAUGAUCAACAUGAAGUUCUAGUGAAACCAGAUCAAUCUGACAAUCAAAAUGCAACCAAACAGUCCUUAAUAAACUCUUAUAGAAAGAAUAUUUAUCCAUCAUUGAAAGAGGAGCUCAAUCAAAGUUGCAGGCCCCCAAUUCGUUCAGGAGGACGAACAUCAUCAAGAUGUCCUGAAGAUCAAUGGACCACAAGUUGGUGGUUGCAAUUUAAGGUUUUACUUGGUAGAGGACUUAAAGAAAGAAAACAUGAGGCCUACUCUGGUCUAAGAAUUUUCCAAGUCAUGUCUGUUUCAUUUCUGUCUGGUCUACUCUGGUGGCAUUGUGAUACUAACCAUAUAAUGGAUCAGGUGGGAUUACUAUUUUUCUUCUCAAUAUUCUGGGGAUUCUUUCCACUGUUCACUGCCAUAUUUGCAUUCCCACAAGAGCGUCCGAUGCUUAUAAGGGAGCGUUCCUCCGGCAUGUAUCGCCUUUCGUCUUACUACUUCGCGCGAACUGUAGGCGAUUUACCAAUGGAACUUGUACUUCCAACAAUAUUUGUGACAGUAACAUAUUGGAUGGGUGGCCUAAAGCCUUCAUUUCUCACAUUUAUGCUGACCCUUUUGAUCAUACUCUUGAAUGUGCUAGUUUCUCAAGGACUUGGCCUAGCACUUGGUGCAAUACUAAUGGAUGUGAAACAAGCCACAACAUUGUCCUCAGUCUUGAUGCUUGUAUUUUUACUAGCCAGUGGAUACUACAUUCAACACAUUCCAUUUUUCAUCAAUUGGCUCAAGUACAUUUCAUUCAGCCACUAUUGCUACAAACUUCUACUUGGAGUUCAGUAUUCAAGGAAUGAGGUUUAUGAAUGUGGAAUUGGGAAAUAUUGUGAAGUGUUGGAAUUCCCAGCUAUUAAGGUUCUUGGCAUUGACAAUUUGGUACUUGAUGUGGUGGCUUUGGUUGUUAUGUUGGUGGCGUAUAGGCUUUUGGCAUAUGUUGCUUUGAGGUUGUGGCAUCAAUAACUAUAGGAGUGUGAUUUAUACUACUGAAAAACGGGAAUUAGCAAUGGACAAAAUCUCUAGCUAAAUAGCAAAUUCUGACGCUAAUCCUAUUUGGUGACAAAUUAUCAAAAAAAUUCAGAUAGCUAUGAGCGAUUUAGCAACAGAUUAGCAACGAAGUUCGUGGCUAAUUUUAGUUUUUUUUUUUUUUUUUUUUUGUAGUGUUUAGACAAGAUUUGUAUUGAUUUCUUGAAGUUAAUUAAAUAAGUUGAUUUAUA